CGGUUAUGUUCACGCCGUCGAGAAUUGAAACUCGUGACAAGUUCGGUCUCUUGAAAUAUAAUACAUUUGCAGGUACAGCUACAGCUUAUGGAUAACAAAGAUUUCAGGGGGAGAGGAAGAGAAAUGGAGGUGAAGCGCAGAACGGCUCGGUCCCUUGUGGCAAGGCUAAGCUCUGUGUCGGAACAAACCCGAGCCGAAGCUUUAUCGGAGCUGCGGCUCAUCUCGAAGCACGAAGACGAUAGCCGCCCUUUAAUUGCGGAAGCCGGUGCCGUGCCUUACCUUGCCGAGACUCUCUACUCCACCUCACAUGAUUCUCAAGAGAACGCCGCCGCGACGCUACUCAACCUCUCGAUUUCGUCGCGGGAAUCGCUUAUGUCCACGCGCGGACUACUCGAUGCCCUCUCCCAUGCGCUUCAACACGCAUCCACCUCGACCCCGCCCGCCGCCGUCCAGUCCUGCGCCGCCACUCUUCAUAGCCUCCUUGUCGUCGACUCCUACCGUUCUAUUAUUGGAUCCAAGCGCGACAUCGUACAUGCUCUCACGCAGAUCGUCAAGAAUCCUAAUUCUCCUCCUCGAUCGAUCAAGGACUCGCUAAAAGCACUUUUUGGAAUCGCGCUUUAUCCUUUGAACCGAAACACUAUGAUCGAGCUCGGCGUUGUGCAACCGCUGUUCGCACUGAUUGUGAGGGACGGCAGAGUGGGGAUUGUGGAGGACGCUACGGCUGUGGUAGCGCAGAUAGCAGGGUGCGAAGAGAGCGAAGAGGCAUACGUGAGGGCGGGUGGAGUGAGAGUUCUGAUGGAUUUGUUAGAUGUUGGGACGGGGACAAGCAUGAGGAUAAAGGAGAAUGCAGUGGCGGCGCUGUUGAACUUGGUGAGCACUGGAGGUGAGAAGGUUGGGAGGGAGGUCAGAGAAAUGGCUGCCACCGCGGUGGACGGGGUGGUUGAGGUUGCCGAGGGCGGAAGCACCAAGGGAAAGAGCAAGGCCGCGUCGCUGCUGAAGAUUAUUGAAGGUCCCAAUAACGGGGUGAGAGAUUCACGGUUUGAUUCUUUACUUAAUCAAAAUCAAUAGUGGCUUUCAUAAUUUGUUAUUUAUUAAUAUCAUUAUCAGGUUUCAUAGUUUUGUUUAUGAUAUGUUUCAAAUUGUUUAAUUUAUGGGUUACAAUUAGGAAUCACAGCAGUGUAUAUUCUGUAACAUGAAUGAAUAAAAUGGUAUAUGAGUGUUUUGUUUUCAAAGAAACAACUUUCAGAA